AUGGAGAAGAUAUCUGCUUCACGUCUUCUUCUUCUUCUUCUUAUGUUAAUGUUUGUUUUGGAGUUGGAGAUUAAUUUGUGUGUCGCCAUAAAUGCAUCUUCUGGUUGUGUUGCUGCAGAGAGGAAAGCUCUCCUCAAGUUCAAAGCAAGUCUUGUCGAUCCUACGAACAGAUUGUCCUCGUGGAGGGACCUGAACUGUUGCACGUGGGAAGGUGUCACUUGCGACCAGAUUACGGGGCAUGUUAUCGAACUUGAUCUCAGGGGCAAUGUUAGUUUCGACGAUGACAUGACUAAGGCUAUUUUCGAUGACAGGUUAGUGGGUAAAAGUCUUGAUCCUUCUUUAAGGGAAUUGAAGUAUCUCAAUUAUUUGGACAUGAGUCGGAAUAAGUUUCAAGGAAGUAGAAUUCCUGAAUUUUUAGGAUCAAUGACUGAGUUGCAGUAUCUUAACCUCUCUAGCUGUUUUCUUGAUGGUGUUGUCCCGGACCAUCUCGGAAAUCUCUCAAACAUGCGCAGCCUAGAUCUCCAUAAUAAUAAUGACCUUGUAUCCCAUGAUAUCGGAUGGGUUUCCAACUUUUCAUCGUUGGAAUAUCUUGAUAUGAGUUGGGUUAACCUUUCCCAAACUAAUGAUUUAGUUAAGGUACUCAACGUGCUACCUUCUUUAUCAGUGCUGCGUUUGUCAGACAGUGCACUUAACAACAAUCACUUAUCCCAUGCUUGCAUAAAUUCUUCAUUUCUUUCACAUGUCUAUCGCUUGGAUCUUAGUGAGAACUCAUUUGACGGAGAAGUUCCUUGCUUUCUCUCCAAUAUGACUUCUCUGGGGUUUCUUGAUCUUUCAUACAAUCAAUACAACACUUCACACUUGCAAUUUUUAAAAUUAAGAAACCUUGUUCAUCUCAACCUUGGUGGGAACCAAUUUGAAUAUGAGUCAGAUUGGAUCUCCAAACUCUUGGGUGAUAAUUGCCGCUUGGAAUCAUUGUCUCUGUCUUAUAAUCACUUUCAUGGGGAGAUUUCAGCGGUUUUCAACAAUAUUUCUGGAUGUUGGAGUCAAAAUUUGAAGAGCCUAGAAUUGUCAAGAAACAACUUCAAAGGUGGUUUACCGAAUGAUUUGGACAAGGUCAAACGAUUAACAUCUCUUGAUCUUUCUGGUUCAAAUAUAAGUGGUCAAAUUCCUGAAUCUCUUGGAAACUUGUCGGGUUUGGAAGUGUUGGAUAUCUCUUAUAACAAGAUAGUGGGUCUCAUUCCAUCAUCCUUUAGAAAGUUGAAAGCAUUGAGAUGGUUGCGUCUCUCUUCUAAUCAAUUAAGUGGAGAAAUUCCAAUAUUUUUGGGGCAACUAUCAAAUUUGGAGAAGUUGGGCAUUUCAGACAACUUGUUCAAUGGAAUAAUUUCUGAAAUCCACUUUGACAAGCUCUCAAAAUUAAAAAGACUUCUUGUAUCCUCCAACUCGAUCAAUUUUAAGUUUGAACAUGGCUGGAUGCCCUCUUUUCAAUUGACAUAUCUCGACAUGGGAUCAUCCAACAUUGGAGGUCAGUUUCCUGCAUGGCUACAAUCCCAGAAGGCACUAAUUGCCCUUAAUUUAUCCAAUUGCGGCAUUUCAGGAACUCUACCGAGCGACAUUGGUUACAUGUUACCUCUUCUGAAAUAUUUAUUAAUGAGCCGAAACUCUAUUAAUGGCUCACUGCCUGAUUCAUUGUGCAAUAUGAUAGAUUUGAUGGUUAUAGAUCUCUCCGGCAAUAACUUAUCUGGUACUAUGUUGGAAUGUUGGCAAAAGUUUCAAGGCUUAAAGUUUUUGUCAUUGUCAUCCAAUGAGCUUUCAGGCACCAUUCCUAAAUCCAUUGGAGGUGCUGGCGGAUUGCAAUGGCUUUUGUUGAACAACAACAUGCUUUCAGGACCAAUUCCCUCCACUUUACAAAACUGUACUUAUUUAGAAGCUUUAGACGUUGGAGAAAAUAUGUUGUCCGGUAAAAUACCUGCAUGGAUCGGAAAUAAGCAACUUUUAUUGUUUAUUCUUAAGUUGAGGAAUAAUCAAUUUCAUGGGGAAAUUCCUCGGGCACUCUGUGAAGCUUCUCAACUUCAAAUGCUAGACCUCGGGAAUAACAAGUUGAGCGGAUACAUCCCUCACUGCUUUGGAAAUCUCUCAGGCAUGAUUGAAAUUAAGUCUCCAAGUCUAACCAUGUAUUUUCAGAGCUUACAUCAAGUGUUCAAAGGAGCAGUGAUGGAGUACUCUAGUAAUAUAGGAUAUCUUGUUAAUUUGGAUCUUUCAUGCAAUAAUCUUUCCGGGAAAAUUCCUUUAGAGAUGAUGGACCUUCGCAACUUGCAUGGCCUCAAUUUGUCACAUAAUUCAUUGGAUGGAGAAAUUCCAGCAAAGAUUGGAGAUAUGACGGCUUUGGAAUCUCUUGAUCUUUCGAGCAACAAUUUGUUUGGAAGAAUCCCAAAUAGUCUCUCAAAUUUAUACUUUCUGAGCCACUUGAACGUAUCCAACAAUAAUUUAUCCGGGCAGAUUCCCACAGGAAAGCAACUGCAAACUCUCGGAGACCAUGCAAGUUAUGGUGGCAAUCCUCAACUCUGUGGAGCUCCUCUGCCAAAGACAUGUCAUGGAGACAAUUCUCCGAAUGCUUCAAAUGCUAAAAAUCAUGCUGAAGGAGAUGUAGACUCAAUGGAUAAAAUAUGGUUUUGGGCAUUUGUGGUGGGAGGAUUUGCCACUGGAUUUUGGGGCUUCGUUGGAUUGUUGGUAUUCAAAAGGAGCUUCAGACAGGCUUACUUUGGCUUUACAGAUGAGAUGGGCAACAAGAUUCUGCUCGCUGUGGCGUUAUUAUGUCGAAGAAUCUCAGCGGCGAGCGAGGAAGGGGCUAUAGUCGAAGCAUUGCACAGGCUAACACCUCCCCCAGAUCCACCGGAAUUUCACAAGGUGAGUUCGUUCCCUCCCUCUCCUGUUCUUUUCCACGCCGUUGACGCGGCCGAGACUCUCAGUUUCGAUUUCAUUGCGUCGUCAUGGCAACGCGUGUCGAUGAAUUGGCUGGAUUGA